AUGGAGGUCACAUUGGAGGCAGAAGUGGCGUCAGUGUGUGGAAAUGGGGGAGAGCGAGAGGGAGACGUGGAUGAGGGAGACGUGGAUGAGGGAGGAGGAGACAUUGGUGGAUGUGGUUGGGAGGAGGGUGGGUUUUGUGAAAUGGACAGAAGUGAGACGAAGGGUGUGGAGGAGAGAAGGAGGAGCAACAAAUGUAUGCCUCCUUCUCCUCCGCCUCCUCCUCCUCCUUCUUUCUACAAUGAGAGUUGGAAGGACUGCUGA